GGGAGCCGCGGGAGGCAGGAGGCGUGGCGUCCCUGCGGCUCCUCCAGGAGCGGAGCGUCCCCUCGGUCCCGAACCUCUACCGGCCUCCGACGAGGGGCCCCCCGACAUCCCCACGCGGUCUCCGGACCCUGAAGCUCCUGCUCCGCGGCCCUCGGCCCCCAGUCGUCCCGCCAGACCCCUCACCGGACCCCCACGGCCGCCGGCCUCGCCCGCAGAGUCCCGGCCAGAAGCGCAGACUCCCGCCGCACAGUCGGGCGGGUGUCCACGUCGCCAUGCCCUCCCUAGGAGACGUGGUGCGCGACUGGCACCGGGGCGUGCAGGCCGUGGCGCGCGGGGACUGGGGCUGCGCCCUCCGCCUCUUCUCGGGCGACCCGGAGCCGCCCGCCAGGAUGUGCUUCAACGUGGGCUGCGUGCACCUGCUGGCCGGGGACCCGGAGGCCGCGCUGCGGGCAUUUGACCAAGCAGUGACCAAGGACACCUGCAUGGCUGUUGGCUUCUUCCAGCGAGGAGUGGCCAACUUCCAGCUGGAGAGGUUCCAGGAAGCCCUGUCUGACUUCCGGCUGGCCCUGGCACAGCUAAGGGAAAACUCCACCAUUGACUAUACACAGCUGGGUCUUCGGUUCAAGCUGAAGGCCUGGGAGGUGCUCUUCAACGUGGGGGCGGCACAGAGCCGGCUGGGACUCUGGGCUGAGGCCACCCGCAGCCUAGAGGAAGCCCUCUCGAAGGGGCCGGAAGGGGCCGGCGACGACCUGCACGCCGCCCUGGACCAACUGCAGAAACAGGCCCAGCUGCAGCCUCGGCAGGUCCCCCAGGGUGAGGUCUUCCGGCCCCACAGGUGGCACCUGGAACAUCUGGAACCAGUGGAUUUCCUGGGCAAGGCCAAGGUGGUAUCCUCUGCCGUCCCCGACCACCAACACAAGGGCACCCAGCCUCAGCAGCCCCAGGUUCAGGAUGCAGAUGGCGAGGUCAGACCUGGAGCUGCCCCACGGGCUGGAGACACAAGCUCCCACAGAACUGCCACCUCCUGUGGUUCCAGGAUGCCCCCUGAGGCAGAGACAGAGGUUGGCUCUGGACAGGUGGCGCAGGUCAUCUGUGAUGAGCAGAGGCCCUGUGUGGAGCAAGUUGGCAAACAGGUCCCUCCAGGGCCGCGGGUGGCACGGGGGCUGGACUCCAACCCUUCGGAGGACCCCUCGGGUGCUGGGGGAGUGGCCACGGUGGGCCCUGCAUCGUUGGUGACCAUCACGGUGCAGUGUGCCUUCACUCUGGCCCUGAAGGUCCCGAGAGGAGCUGACCUGUCCACCCUGCGGACCCUGCUGAGCCAAGCCCUCCCUCACCAGGCCCAGCACGGGCAGCUCAGUUACCGAGACCCUAGCAACAAGGGGCGCUGGGUCCCCCUCCCCAGGGAGGAGGCGCUGCAGAGGGCCUGGCGAGACGCAGCGGCCGGCCCCGGGGCCCUGCGGCUCCAGUGCCGGGGAGCAGGCGGCCGACCUGCCCUCUACCAGGUGGUGGCCCAGCACAACUACUCUGCCCGGGGGCCCGAGGACCUGGCCUUGCAGCGGGGGGACGUCGUGGAUGUCCUGUGUGAAGUGGACCAGGCGUGGCUGGAGGGUCACUGUGACGGCCACAUCGGCAUUUUCCCCAAGUGCUUUGUGGUGCCCGCUGGACAGUACGUGUGAGGAGCCUGACACCCCCACCCGGAGCCCCACCCGGCCCAAAGCCAGUGAAGAAAUCAGCCCCGAGACGUCCUGUGGCAAGGACGGUUUUAAUAAAGUAGUCUUCCUGCCAC